CCUCUAUGGUGCGGGGGAAGGAGGGAGGCGGAGGAAGAUGGCGGACGGGCCUGAGGGAGAGGAGCGGGCCGACAGGACCGCCAUGGCGGGAGCCGCCGGAGGACCUGAAGAAGAGGCAGAAAAACCUGUGAAAACUAAGACUGUUUCUUCCAGUAAUGGAGGGGAAAGUUCGAGUCGCAGCACAGAAAAGCGAUCAGCUGAAGAAGAAGCCGAAGACUUCUCCACAAAGCCCGCAAAAAUCUCCAAGUUUGGAUUUGCCAUAGGUAGUCAGACGACAAAGAAAGCACCGGUCAUAUCCAUCAAACUUGGAGCAAGCAAGCCUAAAGAACCCGUUCCAACUCUUGCCCCGAAAACUCUAUCAGUAGCAGCAGUUUUCAAUGAAGAUGAUGAUAGUGAGCCGGAGGAAAUGCCUCCAGAAGCCAAGAUGCGCAUGAAGAACAUUGGAAGGGACACCCCAACAUCGGCAGGACCAAACUCCUUCAACAAGGGAAAACACGGAUUUUCUGACAACCAGAAGCUCUGGGAACGAAAUAUCAAAUCUCACCUUGGCAACGUCCACGACCAAGACGAAGACUAAAACGACGCGCUCGGAGGUUGGGGUGUGGGGGACGGGUGUGUGAUGUUCAAGGAACCGUUUCCUCUUUUUUUUUCCUCUUUUUUUUUUUUUAAGAAUGGUAUGAGUAUCUUUGGAGCCACUUUUUUUUUUUAAAAAAAAAGAUCGAGUGGUACACUAAUAAACAAGAGUUUGAAAUUAGAGGUAAUUUAUGUUUUAUAUACAGAUCUCGACAUUUGCUAAUUUUGUAGUUCCAUGUGAGCAGCUUGAAAAGGUUACAGCGAAUAAAGAAAUCAGAAGUGGUACCUUUUUAAGAAUCGAUUAUUUUUGUAGUCACAUCGAUUAGCACGGUGAGGGGGAGGAAAAAAGGUCACCGUCUCUAAGCGAGUUCAGACUGAAGGUCUAGAUCCCUUUUAGCAGGCUUUUAACUCCCUCUUUUAGACUAGGAAAACGGCUCCCAAGAACAACUUUGAAAAGAGAGGAAAAGCUGCCUCGGGAGGGUAGUGUACCGAGGGUCUUGAUGAUCGGAAAAUCCCCGAGACGGAGGAAAAAAUCCGACUUCCCCCCCCGUCCCACCAUGUGCUUUCAGUUGUUUUAAUAGUUUUCAAAACUAGCGGUUACCUUUCUGUCGGUGGCUACAGAAGCUUGGCUCUUAAACGAAAGGCCCGGCGACCUGUUGGAAACUUUCCGUAAAGUGCUGAAUAUCCGAUAAGGUUCAUUUCACCCCAUGAAACGGGGCUCUGGUCUUCUUCAUUUUAGUCUUCAAAGAACAUUAUGAAGUAAGCUAGUAUUUUAAGUGUGCUCCUUAAUCAUUGGUAUUAACUAGUGCCUGUUAGCAUUUUCCCUUCAUCUAACCGAGGCAAAUAGCAAGGAAGCCGGUUUAUCCGUAGAAGGCCCCACCAAAAAUAAUUCAGCCGUGUGUAUCGCACAAACAUUAUUUGGUUGAGUUUUGCUUCCAAAAGGAAUAAAAGCCACAUCAACCCC